AUGUCGUCUGUGGCAACCUUUGAAACGUACACGCAGAAGCACCCCGACCGACUGCCGGGCUUUGACCCUUUCACUCAGAUCUUUAACUUAAGUUACCCGGACGGGACCAUUUUCCAAGUCGGGACCAAGGACGUGGAUGUCUUUAUCCAGUACAAUGUUCGAAUUUGCAUCAAUUACGGGACCCAGCUCGGGGCAUCCAUUCUGCUUUUUGUGAUGCUGCUCCUCCUCACUCGGUUCGAGAAACGCACCUCAUCCGUCUUCCUCCUGAAUAGCUCGGCUCUAUUCUUCAACAUCAUCCGCCUGCUUUUCCAAGUCAUUCAUUUCUCGACCGGGUUUGAGCACUUCUAUCCAUACUUUUCGAUGGACUACUCCGAGGUGGGGCGCAGUGCAUAUGGAAUCUCGAUCGCCGGUGCGGUCUUCCAGUCCCUAGUUGUCAUCUGCGUCCAAGCAUCGCUGGUUGUGCAGGUCCAGGUCAUCUGCGCCACAAUUCGUCGCCGCUAUCGUUGGCCGCUCCUGACCCUCUCAGUCACAGUAGCCUUGGUCGCCAUUGCUUUCCGUCUCGCCUGGAUGGUGAAGAAUUGUAUUGCGAUCAUGGAAUUGUCAUACAUGGAUUCAAUCUGGUGGCUGGAAAGUGCCUGCAACAUUGUUAAUACUGUCGCCGUUUGUUUCUUCUGUGCCGUGUUUGUCGCCAAGCUAGGCUUUGCGCUGCGUCAACGAAGCCAACUGGGAGUGCGUGAGUUCGGCCCCAUGAAGAUCAUUUUUGUUUGUGGAUGUCAAACUAUGGUAAUUCCGGCCGUCUUCUCCAUUACCCAGUACUUUGUGGUUGUUCCAGAGCUGUAUUCCAACCUUCUGACCCUGGUCGCCAUUUCAUUGCCACUGUCGUCCAUCUGGGCUAGUGCCAAUCUGGAUCAGCGCCGGCGUGACAGUGAUGCACCAUCCCCUCGCCGUCGUAAUCUAUGGCAAAGCCUUGCGGUUGGUAUCACUGGUACCACACUCAACAAUACCAUGUCAGAGAAGCAAGCGUCCACAUCGACAAAGAGGUUGACCAAUAGUGCAGCCGCCCAGACCUUGUGCUAUUCCGAUCACCUCAUGAGAUCCUUCAGCAAGCAAUCUCAAGAAUCCGAGACUCCACUCGCGAUCGCAGUCGAGUAUGACAUUGCCAUCGAUAGAACCCAGCAAAAGAGCUCGAUUGUUUGA